CGGAUACACUAAUUUGGCAAAAGUUCAUUUACGGAGAAGGAGUGCGCUCCGUUUCUUUGUCGAGGUAUCGCCAUCUUGUUAACAUAAAUAAACGAUUAUAAAUUAUGGAAGAAUCUGUGCCUAAACCUAUCCCUUCGUUCAGGGGUUCACAUGGUGGUCCAAGAAAUAGAGGAGGCGGUGGUGGUCGUGGUGGUGGCGGAAGAGGUCCUAGAGGUCGUGGGAGAGGAGGCCCACCGGGACGGGGUGGACAAAGAGGAAGAGGUGGUGGUGGAGGAGGUGGAAGCGGCGGCGGUAGCGGAGGUUUAUCGAGGGGUGGCCCUCCAUCAAGAGGCGGUGGUAUGAACAGACCGCCCAGAGGAGGAAUUCCUAGUGGACUCUCUAUGAGGCCACCAAAUGCUAGAGGGAACAGAGGCAUGGGUAGAGGUGGUCCUUCUCGAGGUGGUCCUCCGAGAGGUAGAGGAGGAGGUGGUGGAGCUGCCAGAGGAUCUGGUCCAUUACUUCCAAGAGGUGGAGGUAAUAUAUUAUUUUUAUUUUUUAAUACGAUGAUAUAAAAAAAAAUUUAAAUGAUUAUAUUAAAUUUUAUCAAAAACAUUUGUUUUUAAAUUUUAUAAUCAUUUUUGGCAUUUAGAAAUAUCAGUUUAAAGUUCAUUAGCAGAAGGAAAUUAAAGCAAUAUUUGUAAUUUAAAAAGUAAACUUUGCUCAAUUGAAAUUGUUUCUGAAAAUUUAAAAAUAUUUAUAUAUAUAUUGUUUUUACAAGUUCAGUACAAAUCCGGAUUAUAUAUGUUACAAGUGAAAUUUUGUCCAUAAUAUCGACGGACAGUAAUGAAUAAGUCAUUAUUACUACAUACAGUAGAAUCUCCUUAUUUUAGUGGUAACAGAUCUGCUGAAAGAAAGCAAAAAUGCAUUUGUUUGGCAUGUGGACCCAGAGAAAACAUCCACAAACCACAGAUAAACAUGAUUCUACUGUUUAGUAAUGGACUUUUUGAUAUAACAAGUCCAUAAUAAAGAGUAAUUACAAUAAAACAGAUUUUUGUUUACAAUAAACCAAUUUCUUUGAUUUUAUGGUGUUCUGUUAAAUUGAGCUUUUAACAUACUUUCAACCACGCAUCUGAAUGUGAGUAGAAACUUAUGAAACUUUCAA